AUGGGGACGACUUUCGUCCAUCAAACUAGUUAUUUCUUCAUCAUCCUCUUCGCCUUUGUGCUUAUGGAGCUGUGCAAUUGUAGCGGAAGCAACAACUUGGGGGUUUGCAAGGAGAGGGAGAUGCAAGCACUAUUGUGCUUCAAGAAGGAGUUUGAAGAUCCAAUGAAUCGACUCUCCUCUUGGGUUGAUGGAGUUGAUUGUUGCACCAAAUGGGAGGGAGUUAUGUGCCACAAUGUAACCGGUCAUGUUGUUCAACUCCGGCUAACAAAUCCCAACUUUCAGUUUGAGUUUGUUCAUCUUCCGAAAGGUACACUCAGUCCUUGUUUGCUAGAAUUGAAACAACUACAUCACCUUGAUCUUAGCGGCCUUUAUAAAUAUUUCAGUGGAUCUCGAAUUCCUAAUUUCAUAGGAUCUUUUGCAAACUUGCAAUAUCUUGAUUUAUCCCAUUCGGGAUUUCAAGGGAUGAUUCCCCCUCAACUUGGAAACCUUACAAGUUUGCACACUUUAAUUUUGCAAUUGAACAUUGAUGAAACGAGUGGUACUAGUCUCAUAAAAACUAAGAGUCUUGACUGGUUGUCCAAUCUUUCAAAUUUACAGUUAUUGGAUUUGAGUUAUGUUAAUCUUAGCAUGGCACAUAAUUGGUUAGAGGCCAUUAAUAUGCUUCCUUCCUUGCGUGAGCUUUAUUUAUCUGAUUGUGAUCUGCCUAAACUAUCCCAGUCACUUUCCCUUCUAAACAAUUCUUUACUUGAAGUCCUUGAUCUUUCCUAUAAUGAAUUCAACACUGUUAUUCCUAAGUGGAUGUUUAAUCUCAAUAACCUUGUUUCUCUUGAUCUAACAUCUUCUGGUUUUCUAUGUCCACUCCCUGAUGGUCCUUGGAACUUGACAUCCAUUAUCACUCUUAACAUCAGUGGUAAUGAAAUGAAUGGUUCAUUACCUAGUCAAUUGUUUGGUCUUAGUGGUUUGGUAUCUAUGAAUCUAAGAGAUAACCAAUUUCAAGGUUCCUUGCCCAAUAGUCCUUGGAACUUGACAUCUCUGAGUAUUCUUGACAUCUCCAGCAAUAAUUUGAAUGGUUCAUUACCCCAUCAAUUGUUUGGUCUUAGUCACUUGGCAUCUCUGGACAUAAGUUUCAAUCAAUUGCAAAACCCUUUACCCAAUGGUUUCUCAAACUUGACAUUCCUUAAAAAUUUGGAUGUUUCUAGUAACCGCAUGAAUUCAUACAUACCAAAUCAGAUUUAUGAUUUGACCAAUCUAGAGUCACUAGAUCUUAGUGACAACCAAUUGCAAGGAACCAUUUCAAAUUCUAUUUCCAAUUUGACAUCUUUGUCUGUCCUUUAUCUCUAUGGGAAUAUGCUUACUGGAGAGAUACCAAAGCAAAUUGAAAAUCUCAGCAAGUUGCAAGCGCUUUCUCUCUCUAGUAAUAUGCUUACUGGAGAGAUACCAAAGCAAAUUGGGAAUCUCAAUAAGCUGCAAGAGCUUAAUCUUGCAAGAAACAGGUUAUGCGGACCUCUUCCUGAGAAUUUGGGGUAUUCAUUUCCAAUGAUUGAAAGGUUGUACAUUUCAGAUAACAAGUUGGAAGGCAUAGUGACAGAAAAUCACUUUGUUAAUCUCACAAAGUUAACCAUUUUAGUUGCAUCUGGAAAUAGAUUAACCAUGCGUGUCAAUCCAAACUGGACACCUCCCUUCCAACUUGAUCGGCUUUAUCUAAGUGGCUGGAAUUUGGGUCCUCAAUUUCCUCUUUGGUUGCAAUCUCAACAUCAAAUUUAUGCGGUGGACAUUUCUAAUGCUGGAAUAGAGGGUGAGAUUCCAACUUGGUUAUGGAACUUUUCUUCUCAAAUUGAAUUAGUUAAUGUUUCACACAACCAAUUGCGAGGCCAAAUUCAAAACAUACCUUCUCAUUCAACUAGAGAGGUGUACUUGAGCUCUAACCAAUUUAGUGGUCCCUUACCUCGUAUUUCUAUCCACAUAAUUGGGUUAGACUUGUCAAACAAUUCAUUCUCAGGAAAUAUUUCUAACUUCUUAUGCCAUGCACAAAAGGUGCAAUAUGACCUCAGACUACUUCAUUUGGGAGGAAAUGAUUUAUUUGGAGAAAUUCCAGAUUGUUGGAUGCAUUGGCCAUACUUAGAAGUUUUAAAUAUGAAGGAAAACAAAUUGAUUGGAAGCAUUCCAAAUUCCAUUAGGCUUUUGAGUAAUUUGGAAUCUUUGGACAUGCACAAAAACAUGCUUUCUGGCCCUAUACCAUCACUGCAAAAUUGCUCCAUGCUAAAGAAAGUUGAUUUGGCUGAAAAUGGAUUCACAGGGACGAUCCCAAGAUGGUUGGGGACUUCUCUUUCAUAUUUGACAAUUUUAAGACUUCGAUCAAAUAACUUUAACGGUGAAUUGUAUCCAGAGUUCUGCCAUCUUACAUCUCUUCGCAUUUUAGAUAUUUCCAAUAACAACUUCACUGGUGUGAUACCCAAGUGUCUUAAAAAUUUCACUGCAAUGAUUAAGAAGGAAUUUUCAUAUGGAUUCUUUGAAACGGGGUAUUCAUCAGAUUUUGGGAGCUUUGGUGAAAGUGCUUUAGUAACUACAAAAGGACAUGAGUACGAGUAUUUCACUAUCAUUCUAAUGUUGUUUGUUAGCAUGGAUUUUUCUAAUAACAACUUUAAUGGGGAUAUUCCAAUUGAAUUGACGAAUCUUGUGCAAUUGAAAUCUUUGAAUUUAUCAAGAAACAAUUUGACAGGAAAUAUCCCCGUGGAGAUGGGAAAUAUGAAGUUAUUAGAAUCCAUUGAUUUUUCAAGAAAUCAACUUUCAGGAAAAAUUCCAUCAAGCUUCUCAAGUUUGUCAUCGUUGGGUGUUUUAGACCUAUCCUAUAACAACCUAUCUGGGAAGAUACCUUCAGGUACUCAACUGCAAGGCUUUAAUGCUUCGUGUUACAUUGGCAACAACCUCUGCGGCCCUCCGAUCUCAAAAAGCUGUAGCAGUAUUGAUGAAGGUAAAAUUCCCACAAAUGAAAACAAAAGAGAUGAUGGUUGUGAAGUGGAUUGGUUUUAUGUUAGCAUGGUUAUAGGAUUUGCAGUGGGCUUUGGAUGCAUCUAUGGUUCUUUCUAUACAGAGUUGGAUGAAAGUUUAGAAGUGAAUGACAAUGUUAUAUUCUCCUGUAAUAUGGCAGUUAUGACACUUUCCUUUUCACGCUCUAGUGUUGAGCAGGGUCCGGUGAGCAAGCCCAUGUCUGGGUUUUCAUGGGGCGUUGCUGGUUUCUCUCUGACUUCUGUGCCUUCUGUGCUGUCUCCUGUUGUUGUGUUUGUUCCUACUUUGCCUGCUCCUAGUGGUGUUUCCAGACAACCUGUUGUUCCUCAGGAGCCUACUUGCUUUACUCAGGCUGUUCGGCAUGCUGAGUGGAGAGAUGCCAUGGAUGCAGAGUUUAAUGCUCUCUUACAUAACCAGACAUGGCGCCUUGUCCCAGCUAAGUCCGCUUCAUUCAUCUUCAUCUUGCCAAACAACAAUAUGUUUUGGCUGCUGGUGUUUGCUUAUUCCUUCACAAUCUGGCCUAGUCUAAAUGCCAUUGCUCCACCACCUCCCCCUACUCCCAUUUCUCCAAUCCUGCCAAAUGCGAGUAAGGAUUUCAGUCCAAUUGAAGCCUCCCAUCAUGGUCGUGGUACCGGUUCAAAUCCCCCACUUUCACAUUCCGGUCGUGGUCAGAGUGGCGGUGCUAGUCUCAGUCCGCCUUUCACGUCCCUGUCACGGUCCGAUAGUCCCGGUACCAUUCCCCAUCCUAGUUCACCUGUUUCACCUCCCGGUCCCGGUCACAGUCGCGGUAUCACUCCCCAUCCUAGUCCAUCUGUUUCACCUCCCCGUCUUGGUCCGCCCAUUUCAUGUCCUGGUCACGGUCGUCGUACCACUCCUCAUCCUAGUCCACCUGUUUCACCUUCGGGUCCUCCGCAAUGGAAAGCGCUCCAGAUGAAUGCAGCACUAGGAGAUAUCAAGUUACUAUUGGAACAGGAUAAUAAAUAUACUCCCAAUGCUAAGAACCAAAUACCCUUGAAUGAUUUCUUAGCAUUGGGAGUAUAUUUAUUUUCCUGUGCCAAUAGUGACUUUAUAUCUCCUAGUGCUGCAUUCAUCUGGAGCGCUUUCUAG